GAGGAGGAAGAGUAGGAGGAGACGGGGCGCUUUCACUCCUGCUGACUGCAGAGGCUGAGGCAAGAGACAGAAAAAGGAGGAGGGGAAUAAAAAGUAAAGAGGGGGGAGAGAGAGUGAAAGAAAACUAAGCCCAGCUUUUGCCGGUGCUGCUUGGAUUGGAUCUGGUUUGAGUUUCCUCUCUGCUGGCUUGAGGAGCAAGAGAAGGAGGAGUGGGGGGAAGUAACUCGCUCACUCUUCCUCUGAAGCUUUAGCAAACGUGCUGGUGCCUGCGCUGGCGGGGAGCUGCCCGGGUGCAGUUUCCUCGCAGCUUAUUGCUCUCAGUUUCUAAAGAACUGCCUGGACUUCUCGAGGACCUGGAGGAAAAAGACAUCACAGACCUGACUGUUGCUCAGUGCCUAUAGACUUGACACUUUUUUUUUUUCUUUUCCUAGGGGAUUCUUUUUUAAAAUUAUUUUUCUCCCGUGUCUCUCAAAACAGCAGUUCCUUGAGUGGCUUUGAAAUCCGUUGCUUCCGUAACAACUUCAGGAGAUAUUUUUAAAAACUUUCCCCCCACUCCUGUUUUCAUUGCCAAAAAAAAAAAAAAAGGAGAAAAAAAAAUAAUCCUUUUGGGGGAGGGGAGAUGAUCGUGCUGAUGUGGAAUAAGUGCUCCUGCUGUCUCCUCUUACUAGCCGCGGUCCUGAUUGUGGAGAGCUCCCAGCUAGACAGCUCCAGCUCCAAGGUGAACUCCAUCAAGUCCACCCUGAUGGGGGAGGCUCCAACUCAGGCAACCAACAGAUCUACAGGCAUCCACCAGGGACUGAUGCUUGCUAGCAGUAAGAAGGGCAAAAUGCUAGAGCAGAUGGGAAAACCUCCCAAGCACUAUCACCGGCAAGGAGAGGCCUAUCCUUGUACUAACGACAAGGAAUGCGAGGUUGGGCGGUACUGCCACAGCCCUCACCAAGCCACGUCUGCAUGCAUGAUGUGCCGGAGAAAGAAGAAGCGCUGCCACCGGGAUGGGAUGUGCUGUCCCGGGAACCGCUGCAACAACGGUAUUUGCAUUCCAGUAACUGAAAGCAUCCUUACUCCUCACAUCCCUGCUCUAGAAGGGCCACGCAACAAGAAGAAUGGUCAUUAUGCAAGCAAGGAUUUGGGAUGGCACAACCUGGGGAGGCCCCGAUCCAAGCUGUCACACAUAAAAGGACAUGAAGGAGAUCCCUGCCUACGGUCAUCAGACUGUAUUGAGGGACACUGCUGUGCUCGCCAUUUCUGGACCAAAAUUUGCAAGCCUGUGUUGCAUCAGGGGGAGGUGUGCACCAAACAGCGCAAGAAAGGGUCCCAUGGACUGGAGAUUUUCCAACGAUGUGACUGUGCCAAGGGUUUGUCUUGCAAAGUAUGGAAAGAUGCAACCUCCUCUUCUAAAUCAAGACUUCAUGUGUGCCAGAAAAUCUGAACAAGGAUUGGGAAAUAGUAAAAGUGACUGUGGCUUUAUGUGUUUGAUGCAUUAUGGCAUGGUGGAAAAAGGGGACUGCAAAUGAAAGUGGAAUGGCUAAAGUAACAGUUAGAGUAGGAGUAGAAGUCAUGCCAAAUGCAUUUCUUUUUGAGCUGGUGGUAAACACAAGUGUAGCUGGGGUUCACCUACCGCCCAGUUCUCCUGUAAAUAAUUCUACAGUUUGUGGGAAAUGCUAGUAUGCAAGCAAGUAGAGUGGAAAUGAAUGUCACCUUACCUUGCUGUGUUGUCCCAUGAUGUUUCAGGGGUUCAGUGUUAGGGCUACAGUGGGUCUCCAGCGUGGUAAGGAUUUGCCACAGAAAUUGUAUACAUUGUACUCCUAUAGGAAGCAGUACAUGCCAGGAAGACUCAUCUGUCAACACAUUAUUGGCCACAUUGCAGGUGUAAGAAAUGAAAUAAAGUUACUGUGAAUGUCCACACGCCCUUGUUAUUCAGGGCUGACACUUCAGCAAAGAAAGCACUCCUGCAGGACAAGAGUGCUAUGUUUUGCAGGCCCUUAUGAAGAAGGUGAAAACUGGCUAUCUCAAAAUUUCAAAAUAGCAGCAGUUUAUCUAAGAGGAGGCAUUUAAAGAGGUUUUGUUUCCUAUACAUGGGUAAAUUGAAAUGCUUUAUGUAGUUCAAUGUCAUAGUAAGGCACUUAAUCACUUGUAUUUGCCUCGUUUACUGCUAAUAUACAUUGGGUAGAACAGAUGAAGCAAGUAUGUGUGCAUGCUGAAUCCAGAAUUAUAUACAGGCAGUUCCUCAUUAGUCCUAAAUAUACUCUCCUUGCCUAAGCGUUCUUGCAUUAUAGACAGUUCCAAAAGAAAUAGCAGAGUGUUGAAGUGCUUAAUAUGAAAAGCUUUGAAGUUGCUUCUCUGUUGCUGUAAUAAUAGAGGAUAUAGACAUUUGUUGAGGUGUUUCGAGCAAAAUGCUACAAGCUCAAAUUUUUACAUUUUAUGGGACUCUGCAGCAGUAUAAUGGAUUUGUUCUCAAGACAGCAAAGAAAAAGGAGUUGGAUCUUUUGAGCACCUCGUCUUCUGCAGAAGAGGAUGUAAGAAGAUGGUAUGAUCACAAAUGACUUGUUAAACAUCAUGUGAUGCCACAGCAUACCAGCCUUCAGCACAUAUUUGGCCUGAAAUUGAAGUCCUCUCACUCUGGAGUGUUCUGCCAGCAAUGAUGGAAAUACACAGACUGUGGAAACAGCUGCCAACCCUUCAUUGUUUGUGUCCUGGUUAAAAAAAGGACAACCUCUGUUCCCUGACUUGUCUCCUAGGUCUUUUCAAACCUUUAAAAUUUUACUUGUUUGCAAAUAUUCUUUUGUAUAAACUUUGGUAAAGAGACUGAUAUUACUUUAAAGAAGUCUGAUUCUAUAACUGACCUACUGCUAAGUUGUAAUUACCCAUUUAUAAUUACCCAUUUUCAUGUUCUGUAAUACAAGAGACUUUUCUGUUUAUUCAGUUCUGAACAACAUGGGCAGACCAGUAUGUAGUUUAACUCUGAAGACCAUGCCACCAUUACCUGACACCUUUUUCCACCAAUGGGAUGCUUUAAAGCUUUAGCUUAGCUACACCACUUGACUCAGCCUUCCUAAUUAGAGCACAGACCUCAGCUACAUUGCCCUUAUGUUUUGCAAAAGUCUGAAGAUAGAGUAUUUCACACACCUCUUUCCCUACUGGAGUUAGUUUUUAUUGACCUAGAGGGACUGCUCAGAGACAGGAGCUUCUGUUUUAUAAUAGUCUGAGUUCUAUCUUGGAGUCCUAUCAUCACAACUCUGCUUACUCCAGUGUUUUCCAAAGUCACUGGAACAGGAAUAAGGCUCAGAAAUUUCAAGAUACUAAAAAAGUCCAGGAACCAAUUUUGCAAGUUUUAUUUACACUGACACAGCACAUGCUCAGCAGAGGAACUCAAGUGGUCUCAUUGUCACUAUAUAAAAGAAAUUGAUACCCAGCAUGAGGAGGGUGGUUGCAGAAAUGGGGUCUCAGCAAUUUUUAGCUCUUCUUAUCAUUGGCCUACCCACCAUCUUGCUCUUGCAAAACACAGUUACUUGGGAUAAUUUAUUUACAGGAAAUGUUUAAUGAGAUGUAUUUUCUUAUAGAGAUAUUUCUUACACAAAGCUUUGUAGCAAAAUAUAUUUGCAGCCUGUUGACUUUAAUGUAGAAAAAUGUAUAAUAAGAUUAAAUAUAUUAAAUUUCCUUUCACAUUUCUCCCCAAAUAUUUUAUCCAUAUUCUUUUCCUUACCUGCUGCUUAAGAAGAAUAGUUUUUUUUUCAGAAAGCCAUGCAAAUCAAUUGAAAAAAAAUUGUGUAUCUUAGCUAUGCAAGUAAAUACAUCUGAUUCUACUUGUGUCUCUUUGUAGGUUGACUUUUGGUAAAAAACAUGAAGGUCAUCUUAAAAUCCCCAUACAUCAUUUCUAAAAGCUGCUUUAAUUGACAACUACCUGUAUGCUUCUCUUGGGUCAGUUUACACCUAAACACUCAAGAAUACAUUUUGAAAAUAAUGCACCUGAUUGUGUAAUGUAAGAUCAGCCAGGUUAAAUAGGAAAGGUGUCCAGACACAGUUCCUGGGCAGUGAUACAUACCAGAGGGACAUACCAGAUGGAUAAGGGUGGUAUUCAAAUUACAUAGCGUUUUGUGAGAGCCUACAGCAUGCAAAUACACUCCUGCAAAAUCUAUAACUAGCAAUUCUGAAAUGGCAAGUUACAGCAUUCAGCUCUAAUACCAUGAAAGAAUCCAUGUGACACAACUGAGAAUACUGUUAAUAAAACCAGCCAAGUUUUGAUCCCAGGAAAACUCCUGCAGAGCACAAUAAAUAUUGCAAAAUUAUGGCUGUGGUUAUUGAGCAAUGGUCUUGAUAUCCCUGUUACUUGUUUCUGGUAACCCUUUGCUCCAACAGAUGUCAUUUGGAGGACGGAAUGGUCUCCAAGUCACACGAGUGAUGGUAUAAAAUGAAAAGGUUUAGCUACUGUCAUUUGCAAUAUUUGGUUGGUGGGUCUUUGAAAAUUCCAACACUUUUAACAUCAACAUAAUAAAGUUGUGAGCAUUUUGAGAGCCCAAUGACUUCAACAGAGGCUGCCAAAGCCUUCAGAGAUUUAAUCUGGGAACAAAAACAAUAGGCACAGGCAGUUCCUUGCACACCACAAAUACUGAGCCACAUAGCUGAACCGAGUAUCAUGCAAGCAGUUUCGUAAGACUGAACUUUGGUUGUUUAGAAGCCAGUCAGUCAAUGUUUUGUGGAAAUAUACAUCAGUUUGAGAAUAAAAGAACAGCUAAAUCUGGGGAUAAUUGCUCUCACUCACUGUGUCACUCAUCACGGGAAUUAAGAAUGACUUUGGUUCAGUAACAUUUCAGAAAUCUGCUGUCAUGACACAAGUACACAAGAUGUUAUUGCUGAACAAUUCAAGUAAUUUUCCUAUUAGCCUAGAAUAGCCUCAGCAGUGCAACAGCUCUUUGGAAAUACUUAUUAACUUUCCUAAAACUAAUGGAUUUUUACUCUAUAACAACGUAUAUUUGAUUUACAGUAUAAAUGUGGGUGUAUAUCUAUUACUGUAUUAUUUGCUUAGUCUCAUGUUGUUUGCAACCUAUAGUAUUUAUGAUUUUAAACAUUUUUUAAUGAAAACAAUUAAAAUAGAUUUAUCUGCUUACUUCUAUAACACUUUCAGCAACAUACAUCCAGCACCUGACACCUAAGCCAAAAUUCACCAGAAUUUAAGCCAUCUUUUGCAUAUUCUGACUUUCCAGCUCAUUGUCUAAGCAACAGCAAAAAAGCCCUCACCAAACACCAUCUUAGGCAGAGGCUGAGAAGAGACAUUCCUAAACUAUUCCUUGUCACCAGCCUUCUCUGCUUUCACUUUAGAGCUCUGCAUCAUCACCCCCACUAGCAAAAGUAAGAGCUAUCAAAAUUUGUAUUUUUCACCCCUUCCAGUUUCCUUUCCUUCUAGGAAAGCCAUUUAAGAAAGAGAUCCUGAAGGCCAAAACCAGUGGAAACUCACAUAAAAGAGGCUCUAAGAUCAGGCUUUUAGGAGCUUUGAGAUCUAUCCUCUAAUUUUCAAAGACUUAAGAGAAUUAUGUAAUAUUGAGACCACAUUUGCAAAAAAUAAAGAAACCUUGUUCUUUGGAUUGUCAGUCAUGUGUUCUGAAAAUAGCUGCCCACAGUGGGGGAGAAAAACUCUUCCUCCUCAUCCAGGCAGCCUUACCUGUAGUGCCUGACAAAGGGAAAGCAGUUGUUUUGGAUUUCUUUUGCUCUGGGCACAGUGCACACAAAGGCAUCAUUAAUUUUGUUUUUAAAUCACAUUAGUAAUAAAGUUAUGGUUUCUUACCUUGA